GGCGACGCUGUGAGAUGGGGCCCGGACGGACAAUUACAUUUGGUGGGGAAGAUAACUGCUGGUCAGAUCAAGAUCCGCGGACGGCGACUGGAACUCGCAGAGAUCGAGACAGCCAUUCGUAGAACAGGCUUGACUAGUGACGCCGCCGCCGUUCAUCUCGAAUCCGACGGGGACAGGGACGACCUACUCAUUGUCUAUACUGUUGCUACUGUGCCGGUAUCACCCUCGGAGUCUCACACGCUAUCAUCACGGCUACUCGAGGCAUUGCGCGAGAUCCUCCCAUUGUACAUGAUCCCUCACCUCGUGCACUGGGUCCCGACUCUUCCUCUGACACUCAACGGGAAGUUGGACCGUUAUCAGCUGCAAGCCCGCGCCGUUGUGGACGUCGGUAGCAUGCUGAAUGAUCUCACGGAAGAUCAAGAUGCUUCUGACGAACCUGAGGAUGAGGUAGAGGAACGCCUCUGUAGGAUCAUGGAGGCCGUUCUUGAACGCACACCGAUUCAUCGAUCCUCGAACUUCUUCCAUGCUGGCGGCCAUUCACUCCUUGCCUCCCGCCUGGUGUUCCGGAUAGAAGAAUCUUUCAGCGUCCCGUUCACUCUCGCGGAUGUCUUC